UACGAGUCUGUCUUUUCUCUUUAGAGUGACUGUUUUAUACGUGUAAACCCAACAUGGGAAACUCUCAGAAGGGACGUAAACCCAACAUGGAAAUGCUAACGGUCUCUAACUCUCAGGAGGGACACAAACCCAAAAGGACAACGGUCUCUGACUCUCAGAAGAUACUGACAAAGGUCUCUAACUCUCAGGAGGGACGUAAACCCACAAUGACAACGGUCUUUGACUCUCAGGAGGGAGGUGUGUACAGGAUUCCUGCUCUUUGCUACAACAGCCAGAAGAAAACUCUUUUCGCCUUUGCAGAGAAGCGGAAGACUUCUACAGAUUCCAAUGCUGAAUUACUGGUGAUGAAAACAGGAAAGCGUAAUGGGGACUCUAAUGAGAUUCAGUGGUCGGACCUCAAAGAAGUGAAAAAGGCACAUGUUUCUGGUCACCGUACCAUGAACCCCUGCCCAGUGUAUGAGAAGAGGAGUAACAAACUGUUCCUGUUUUUCAUCUGUGUUCAAAAUAAAUGUACAGAAGAGAUGCAGAUAGAUGGUAACUGCAACAAGGCUAAGCUCUGCUACAUCACCUACGACGAAGAUGAAAAAUGGAGCGAUGUGACAGAUUUGACUCUGCACAAAAAUCUGCACAAAAGAAUCGGUAAAUGGGCCACAUUUGCUGUCGGGCCGGGCCAUGGUAUUCAAACGCAGAGCGGCAGUUUGAUUGUUCCUGUCUGCGCUUAUCCAAAAAAAUAAAAAGGCUCCAAAAUACCCUAUUAUUCACGUGCUAAAUUUGCUCUCGCCCUGUACACUGAUGGUCCAGAAAAUGGGUGGCACUUUGGCAAAAUGCUUAAAAUCGAAUCAGAUGAAUGUCAAAUGGCAGAGCUCUUAGAAGACGAAGGCAACCACGUCUACUGCAACGCCCGUAGUAAGAGUGGCCAUCGAGUGGAAGCUGUCAGUCGGAAGGGUGUCAAAUUUUCCAACGUGACCUGCAGUAUGGACCAUGAGAACCUUUCUGAAACGGGCAAGUUCGGCUGUCAGGGGAGUGUGGUCUCCUUUCCAGCUAUAGAUGCAGGUACAGGGGCUGAAGACAACAGCAACAACACCUGGCUGCUCUUCACCCACACAAGCGAUGUGAAAGAAAGAAAUGAUUUAGGAGUUUAUCUGAACACAUCCCCACAGGAUCCAGAAAAUUGGAGCGAACCCUGGAUCAUUAAAAAAGGAGCCAGUGGUUACUCAGACCUGGCUUAUAUUGGUGAGGGAUUGUUUGUGUGUCUACUGGAGGGUGGGAAGGGGGAAGAAAAGGUGUCCGAGAAAACAGUUCACCAGAUAUCUUCUGUGAUGUUUAGCUACAGACAGGUCGAGAAAGGCAUUGUUCCACACACAUGCACUCUAAAAGAAGGGCCAGAGCCGCCUCCACCUGCUGAGGAGGCUGAGGUCCUUCAGAGUGUGCAGGGCUCUCCUCAGGACUUUUUAUGACUCUGUGGUGGCCUCAGCCAUCUUCUACGCUGUGGUCUGCUGGAGGGGGGGUAGCACGGACAGAGACAGGAGCAGGCUCAACAGACUGAUAAGAAGAGCGAGCUCUGUCCUGGACUGUCCUCUGGACUCCAUUGAGGAAGUGGGGGACAGAAGGAUGUUAGCCAAGCUGGCGUCCAUCAUGGGCAACACCUCUCACCCCCUACACAAUGUGGGGUCCCUGAGCAGCUCCUUCAGCAGCAGACUGUUACACCCACGGUGUAAGAAGGAGAGGUUCCGCAGGUCCUUCAUCCCGGCUGCAGUCAGGCUCUACAACACCAGCACCACCUGAUAAUGUUGUAGUCCCUGUCUAUUAUCUCUAUCUCCACUCAACCUCGCACCAUAGCUGUAUUUGUAUUUUUAUUUUUCUUAUUUAUUUUUUAUUUUUUACUCAGAUCACUACUAUGCACAAUAAUAUUCAACACUUUACAUCUAUAUUUAUAUCAUGGUCACUUAUAAUGGUUAGAUUGCAAUAUUUAUAUUUCCAUUAUGCUAUCUUGUAGUAUUAUUUAUAUUAUGGUCACUUACUUUUUAAUUAUUUUCUGUAUCAUGGUCACUACUGUUGGAAAAUUACUUAUAAUAUUUUUGUUUUCAUUACAAUAACACUCACAUCAUUCCACUUUCUCCCCAGUACCUGCUUUUGCACAGUGUCUGUUUUUGCAUGUUUGUUUUUGUUUUUGUUUUUGUUUCUGUACUCUCAUUAUGUGUAGUUUAGUAGUGUACAUAUUGUGAUCUUUUUUAUUGUGCUUCGGCACUGUUAUUUAAAUUCUGUUUUCUCUUAUUUUUGCUGUAACAAGUGAAUUUCCACGUUGUGUGGAUAAAUAAAGAAAUUUAAUCUAAUCUAAUCUAAUGAUCAGUGAUGUCAAUUUCCGUACUGUUGUUAUAGCCUACAUAACAUUUUGACUUUAAAGAGACUUCCAAGGCUCAAUAGAUAAAAUGACUAUUAAGUCAGGAGAUCAUAAUCAAAGUUUAAUUUAUUAAAAUGAAUAAGAGCCACUAUAUUUUGUUUUAUGCUCGCGUUUUGAUUUUGUUUUGCUUUUGAUUUCAGCUCGAACAACCAUGAAAACGAUGUGGCAUUAGGUUAUAACGUUCUUCUCCAAUGUAAUUCUUCUUUUGUUUCUGAAACCUUUUUUUUUUUUUUUAAGAUUUGCUUGUGGCCCUCACAGGACUGUAACAAACAUGACCAGUCAUUUCAUACAGACCAAAUGGAAUGAUUGGCGGGUGUUCCUGUCUGUCACUAACCGACCUGCCUGCCUCCCAGUGCUCUCACUCUUCAUAACUGCAGUCUUUAGCUGGCGAGACAAACAUCGCUGAAGUAGAGACGACUGCCAACUAAGACCUAACUGUAUAAGGGUUUGUUUGCAUGUGUAAAGGAGUGGGGGGGAGAAGAAAGAAAUUAAGCAGGUAGCCUCGUUGGUUUGUAUCUACAACAUGUUAAAACUUCUCUGUCUUUACAAACCAUGACAAUUGUGUAAAUGUACAAAAUAAUGUGAUUUCAUUGAAGAGCAGAAUGUUUGCAAUAUAAAAAACAAUUAAAAGUUUCUUUUUCAGAAA